AUGGCUGGCCAAUUUGAGCGCCACCCGUUCUUGUUGACUACUCAAGAUGUCGCCAACGCGUUGGAGACAGACCUCGAAAGAGGCCUGUCCUCGGCGCAAGUUACCGAGUUCCAGGAGAAGUACCCCCCUAAUGAACUAGAUGUCGGUGGCGCUAUCCCCUGGUACAAAAUAUUCCUCAAGCAAUUGUUCAAUGCCAUGAUAUUGGUCUUGUUCUUUGCCAUGGCUUUGAGCUUUGCUGUGAACGAUUGGGUUGAAGGGGCCGUUCUGCUUGCUGUCAUUAUCCUCAACGUGUCAAUUGGGUUCUACCAAGAGUACGGUGCCGAGAAGAAGAUGGAUGCUCUCCGAGCUCUAUCCGCUCCUAGUGCCAUGGUGCUGCGUGAUGGUCGAACCCAGGUUAUCCCGAAUGCUGAAGUUGUGCCAGGCGAUGUUGUCAUUCUGAAAAUGGGUGACACAGUCCCUGCCGACGUUCGCCUUUUUGAGGCCAUGAAUUUGGCCGCAGAUGAGCAGUCGCUCACCGGAGAGUCUAUUCCAGUUGAAAAGAUUGUCGAGAAUUUGGAAAAUGAAGAACUUGGUAUUGGCGACCGAAUCAACAUUGCCUACGGCACCACCACGGUCCAGAAAGGCCGUGGCCGAGGCAUUGUCAUUUCUACUGGAAUGGAGACCGAGGUCGGCAAAAUUGCCGCCUCGACUGCAAAGAAAGAUCGCAAGGCUGGUCGGUCUAUGAAUUAUAAGAAAUAUGGAAAACGACAGCCUAUCAUUGGUUUGACGAGGCGUAUCUAUGAUUUCGUUGGCAAGUUCCUGGGGUUGACCGAAGGAACACCGCUUCAAAUCAAAUUGUCUAAAUUAGCUUACAUGCUCUUUGGCUGUGCCCUGUUGCUUGCUGUUAUCGUCUUCGCUGUCAACGAAUUCCAUGUCCCUAGGGAAGUUGUCAUUUAUGCCAUUAGCACGGGCAUUGCCAUUAUUCCCGAAUCUCUGGUCGCAGUACUUACCAUUACUAUGGUUGUUGCUGUGACGGUCAUGCGGAAAGCCAAUGUCGUUGUUCGAGACUUAUCCGCACUAGAAGCUCUUGGCGGUGUCACUAACAUUUGUUCGGAUAAGACUGGCACCCUAACCCAGGGGGCCAUGAUAGUUCGAAAAGUGUGGAUUCCAUCCAAGACAGUCUAUACAGUAAAGAACUCCAAACACCCCAGCAACCCAACUCAAGGAAAUGUUGUUGUCUCAGAGACUGGCAACGAGCAGGAGCCCGAACAACGGGAUUUCGAUCAGGAGCGUAGCGCUGCAGUCCUCAAGUUUGACGUACCAGAUGAAAAGCUGAACCCUCCUAGGCCGAAGAAGGAGGAUGAGAAAGAAGCUACCAUGAACCCAGAACUAGAGGCCUUCCUCCUAUCUGCGGCGCUUUGCAAUCUUGCUACUGUUAGACAUGAAAUCGAUCCUAAAGAAGGCCGGCCUGAAUGGCAAGUCACUGGCGAGCCCACAGAGAUUGCUUUGCAGGUAUUUGCUCACCGGUUUCAAAAGGGGAAGAAGGCCAAAGAAGCAGAAGGCUGGGAGCAAGUGGCUGAAUUCCCCUUUGACAGCGGUAUCAAGCGCAUGUCUGUCAUCUACAACGGCCUGAACUUGGAGCAUAGCAUGGUAUUCACUAAAGGUGCCGUUGAGCGAGUUCUUGACCUUUGCUCUACUGUCGGUGUUGGGGAUGCCCAGGAGCCCAUGUCUGAUGAGUACAAGGAGCGAAUCCUGGAACAGAUGAAUGGCUUCGCUAGUCAGGGCCAGCGUGUUCUGGCAGUUGCCUCGAGACCUUGGGAUGGAAAGUAUACCAAAAACACUUCAACUGAUAACCCCGAAACUGAUGAUGCUCUCCGUGCCCGUGUCGAAACCGGUCUUACCCUUCUCGGCCUAGCAGGAAUCUACGACCCGCCGCGUAAGGAGACCACACCAGCUAUUGCUGAAUGUUCUUCUGCUGGUAUCAAGGUACACAUGUUGACUGGUGACCACCCUGCAACCGCUGAGGCCAUUGCUAAGGAAGUGGGCAUUAUCCCCAGGAACCUUAGCAUCCUUGGUAAAGACAUUGCCAAUGCAAUCGUAAUGAAGGCAAACGACUUUGAUAAGCUUACGGAAGAUGAGAUCGAUGCUUUGCCAGAGCUGCCGCUCGUUCUUGCUCGCUGCGCCCCGGAUACUAAGACUCGCAUGAUUGAGGCACUUCGUCGCCGGUACGCCUACAUGGCUAUGACCGGCGAUGGCGUUAACGAUGCUCCAUCUUUGUCCCGAGCUGACGUCGGUAUCGCUAUGGGGUCUGGAUCAGACGUGGCUAAAUCCGCGGCCAAGAUCGUGUUGACGGACGACAAGUUUAAUUCCAUCGUCGCCGCUAUCCGCGAGGGCCGCCGCAUGUUUGACAACAUUCAAAAGUUCAUCCUGCAUCUUCUCACCUCCAAUGUCGGCGAAGUCAUCCUCCUGAUCUGUGGUCUCGCCUUCCAAGAUCGAUCAGGGUUUUCGGUAUUCCCCAUCUCUCCCCUGGAAAUCCUCUGGAUCAACAUGUUGACGUCGUCAUUCCCGGCCUUCGGUCUCGGCCGUGAGCAGGCCUCGCGCGAGGUCAUGCGCAAGCCGCCGCACGACCGCAAGCGCGGCGUCUUCACGAACCAGAUCCUGAUCGACAUGCUUGUGUACGGGCUGCUGAUGGGGACACUGUCGCUCAUGACCUUCGUGAUCAUCAUCUACGGGGCCAACGACGGGCAGCUGGGCGUCGACUGCAACCGCGAGUUCUCAGAGGCGUGCAUCCCCGUGUUCCGCGCGCGCGCGACCGUGUUCGCCGAGCUGACCUGGCUCAUCCUCAUCAGCGCCUGGGAGUUCAAGGACAUCCGCCGCUCCAUGUUCCGCCUCAACCCCGACAGCACCUCCAAGUUCCCGCUGUUCCAGGACGUCUACGAGAACAAGUUCCUCUUCUGGGCCGUCGUCCUCGGAGCCGUCAGCGUCUUCCCCGUCGUCUACAUCCCCGUCGUCAACACCAGCGUCUUCAAGCACAUCGGCAUCGGCUGGGAGUGGAGCCUGGCUGUCGCCGCGACGCUCAUCUUUGUCGCCGGCAUGGAGCUCUGGAAGCUGACGAAGCGCCGCUUCAGGCUGCUCGAGGAUGCGGCGGUCGUCCGUGGUGCGUUCUCGCAGGGUAGUGAGGAGGGUGGUCGUAAGUUCCACCACACGUUUAGUUUUAGCAGCUUGAAGAGCUGGAGGAGCACGGGGAGAAGUCAUACUGUUGAUACCCGGGCUAGCACGAGGGAGAAGAAGGAUACUAGCCCUGUAUAA